AUGCGGGCAACUCUGGGCGCAUUCAUCCAGUCCUGUCUGCUGCUGCUGCUGGUCCGAGCAGACCAGUGGAGGCUGAAGGACUCCGCCAACUGCGAGCUGAACAAGAAGCAAACGGACCUGAACUCCUUCCUGUGGACGAUCAGACGGGAUCCUCCCUCAUAUUUCUAUGGUACGAUCCACGUUCCCUACACGCGCGUCUGGGACUACAUCCCCGAGAACUCCAAGCAGGCCUUCCAGGAGAGCAGCAUCGUCUACUUCGAGCUGGACCUGACGGACCCGUACACCAUCUCAGCCCUGACCAGCUGCCAGCUGCUUCCCCAGGGCGAGAACCUGCAGGACGUCCUGCCCAGGGACAUCUACCGGAGACUCAAGAGACACCUGGAGUACGUGAAGCUCAUGAUGCCGUCCUGGAUGACCCCAGAUCAGAGGGGGAAGGGACUGUACGCAGACUACCUGUUCAACGCCAUCGCUGGGAACUGGGAGAGGAAGCGGCCAGUUUGGGUGAUGCUGAUGGUGAACUCAUUGACCGAGGCGGACAUUAAGACGCGGGGGGUUCCGGUGCUGGACCUUUACCUGGCCCAGGAGGCGGAGAGGAUGAGGAAGAGGACAGGCGCUGUGGAGAAGGUGGAGGAGCAGUGUCAUCCACUCAACGGGCUCAACUUCUCCCAGGUGAUCUUCGCCCUGAACCAGACGCUGCUGCAGCAGGAGUCUCUGAGGGCGGGAAGCCUCCAGGUUCCUUACACCACCGAGGAUCUCAUCAGGCACUACAACUGUGGAGAUCUCAACUCCAUCAUCUUUAACCAUGAUACCUCACAGGUCCCUAACUUCAAUAACGUGACGCUGCCACCCAGCGAGCAGGUGACCGCCCAGGAAAUAGACAGCUACUUCCGACAGGAGCUCAUCUACAAGAGGAAUGAGAGGAUGGGCAAGAGGGUCAAGGCUCUGCUGGAGGACCACCCCGAUAAGAGCUUCUUCUUUGCCUUCGGAGCAGGUCACUUUCUCGGCAACAAUACAGUCAUUGAUGUGCUGCGUCGCCAGGGAUACGAGGUGGAGCACACCCCCGCUGGGCAGCCCAUAAACAGGCGAUCGUCAUCAGGACCAGAUUCCGAGGACCAGUACGACGAGUCCCCUCUCCUGGAGCCUUUCCUGCACGAGCUCCCCAACAAAGAGGAGGACCAGGGGCGCACCCUGGAGGACGACCUGUUACCCCACAUGCUCCUGCCGGCCGACAGCCUGGAGCUGCUGGAGAAAGCGGAGAGGAAAAUGAUGAAGAAGAAGAGGAGGAACAAGCAGAAGAAGCAGCGGCACCGGCACUUCAACGACCUCUGGGUUCGCAUCGAGGAGAGCUCGAUGGUCCAGUCGCCACCUCCACCGCUGGUUCGCAUCAUCAAUGGCUACAUCACCGUGCAGCCGCCGGACCGAGUCCACAGCCCCCACCUCCACCACCACCACCACACACCUUCAGCCUCACCCACCUCCUCCUCCUCCUCGUGUUCGCUCGUUUUCCUCUGCACGUUGCUCCCACUCCUCACACGGAUGGGGAGUGUGUUCCUCUAG